AGUUCUCCCUGAGUUCGCCGGACCGACAGUCUUUCACUCUGCUGCUGCGCUGAUUGUUCCUCCAAGCAGCUUUUCUUCAAGACGUCCAUUCACUGUAAAGCUCUAAAACUGAGUCACCAAAAUGGAGUCUGCUACAAUUGAGCUUCCCUCCCUGCUGUCCAACCAGUCAUCAGAGAGCUGUGCGGCAGUGGAUACAACAGUUGAGAACACGCUGUUUGGAUGCUUCUACAUCCUGGUUUUCUUCCUGGCACUAAAUGGCAACAGCCUGGCUCUCUGGAUCUUCUCUCACCAGCGUGGCGCUUCCUCCCCAGCCAACGUCUUCUUGAUUCACCUGGCUGUGGCAGACUUGUCCUACGUGAUCAUCCUCCCGCUGAGGGCCACCUACCACCUCACUGGGGGCCACUGGCCGUUCGGCGAGGUGCCCUGCAGGCUGGCGGGCUUCUUGUUUUAUGUCAACAUGUACGCCAGCGUCUACUUCCUGGCCUGUGUGGCGGGCGAUCGCUACCUGGCCGUGGUGCAUGCUGUGAGGUCACUGAAGGUGCGCCGCGCCCGCUACGCCCACAUCAUCAGCUUCUCGCUGUGGGCCCUGGUUACCGUCUCUAUGGCGCCGCUGUUAAUCACACGCCAGACUGCGGAGGUGGACGGCAUGACGGUGUGCUCGCAGCUGUACAGAGAGAAGGCCUCACGCAAUGCACUCAUCUCCCUGGCUGUGGCCUUCACCCCGCCGUUCCUCGCCACCCUGUCCUGUUACCUGCUCAUCAUCCACAGCCUGCACCGGGGCUCCAGGUUAGAGCCGGCCCUCAAGCUGAGAGCCCUGCGCACCAUCGGUCUGGUCAUGCUCAUCUAUGUGGUCUGCUUCCUGCCUUAUCAUGUGAGCAGGGCCACUUUCAUCCUGGGCUACAACCACCCCGGCAUCUCGUGCCAGACACGCCGAGGCCUGAGCUUGGCCAACCGCCUCACCUCCUCCCUCACCUGCCUGAACGGUGCCAUGGACCCGCUGAUCUACCUGUUCGGCGCAGAGAAGUUCCGCGGCACUCUGAAGCGUUUGUUUUGCAAAGAUCCAGCAGGCUUGUCUGGAGCUACCAGCGGAGAGUUGAAGGGAACCCACGAGAGCUCUGUGAGCGCCAAGUCUGAGUUCUAAAGAAGGGAGGUUUGAACUCGAUGGAGAUGCAUUUCCAACACAAACCAAAAUUGGUUUGUUAAUUGACUGUUAAUGUGGUUAAAGUGCCGCUGUAGCCCUCUGAACUUGAAUUAAAGGCCCAGUUCCAGUGUCCACCCUACGCCUCAUUCACCCUCACAGACUUUAAUUGUGUUAGGACUCCAGACGCCAUAUUAGGACUGGGACAGCACUUUACCUGGACAUGGAUAUUCCUGUGUCCAGUAAAGUGUGAGACACAUAUUUCAUAUGUAAUGUAAUAAAUUGAAGAUCAUUUUGUUUGCCCCCUGUUUAAAAUCAAAAUGGUUAUUUUUCCCAAAAUCAAAAUGUUUAAAUUUACUUUCACGCCAUCAUGAGACGAAAGUCUGCCGACUUCCAGAAAGUGGGCAUAAAGCCAACCAGAGAACCUGCCCAACAUUAGCCUUCGCAAUCGAAGCCAUCAAUGUCUGUGAGACUAGAGGCUCCAGGUGCCUGUGACCUCAACAAAGAUGAAAUUGUUGUGUCUAUCGCUUUUUGUGUCAAACACCAAAUUAUUAAUGUACAUAGUCAACUUCUAAUGUAUAUUUCCUGUUACUGUUUCCUAUGCCAAAUGUGAUGAAUACUGGUUAGCCUUGAAUAAUAAUAAUAAUAAUAAUUGUUAUCCAGGGUAUUGUUAGCCAUGCUAGCGUUGUGUGGCUCUGGGGAUGGCAAUGUCGGUCAACUGGUCCAUCACUUUGUACAGGCUGAAAUAUCUCAACAACUAUUGCAUGGGUUGCUGUGAAAUUACAGAUAUCCAUGAAGGUCAAUUUGCACAUUUUCGCAUGCUAACACGCUAAAGUAAGAUGGUGUGGUAACUGCUACCUGCUCAAAAAAUAGGCACGAUACAUUGUUUUAAGCCACACUAGCACCAGAGCUCUUAAAAUUGGUCCAAAUCAACGUGACAGGGUUUGUGUAAAAAUACUUGGUGAUUGGAUUAUAUCUGCAAAGCUAAUGACAUUCCCAUUAGCCUCGACUGCUUUGCUUUUAGUGCUAAUUAGCCAAUGUUAGCAUGCCAACACAACUAGCGCUAGGAUGGGGACGUGGUAGACAUGCCAAAAAUCAGCAUGUUUGCAAUGACGUUGUGAGCAUGUUAGCAUGGUGAUGCUAAAAGCGCCAUUGUGCCGAAGAAAGCCUCACAGAGCUGCUAGCAUGGCUGUAGACUGUCUUGUUAUAAUAUAAUGUGUCUUUUAAACCCACUUACCUAUCUUUGACAUUUCAAAUUUCAAUUGUACAUAUAUUCUUCAUUCACUCUCCUAUGCUAUGCGUGUAUUGUUUUGUCCACAUUUUUAUGAUAUUGCACUAUUGCAUGACAAACUAUUAAUCCUCUACAUUUUUUUUACCAUGAGUCAGUUUGGCUUGACGCCAUCUGCAGAAGAAGUGAUGUUUGUGACAGACAUGAUUCGCACUGUAAGAUGUGAGUGAUAAAUGUACACCAAGAUGUAAAUGAUAAGUGAGUAAACGUCUGAUUUCCACAUCCUCUA